AAUGUUUAUAACUUAAGGAUUAGUUUUAAUUAAAUGAAAAAAUUAAUACAAAUCAACAUGAUCUCAACUAUUAAGUCAUACUUAAGAUUUAUAUGCUUGUUAAGGGUAGAGCCCCUGAUGUUAUUAUUUACCACGUGUUACUUCUUGAAACGUAAUCCACAGGACGUGUUAUUUCAGGACAAGUUAUGCCGUAAUAAGUAUAAUAUGUCGGAAGAGUUUUGUCUUCAUUUGUCGGACAAUCACCCGAACGAUACAGACAGUGGUCUGCGGACAGAGAUCUUGUCGGACGCCGUGAUGUAUAACGCGUACAACCAAUGGAUGACACUUCCGGUCAGUAUUGUUUGGUCACUGUUUUUGGGCGCUUGGAUUGACCGCUACCCCAAAGGCCGCAAAUGGGUGUUCAUUAUCGGCACAAUCACUCAGGCCAUGGAGGCCGCCAUCAAUGGACUCAACUCAUACUUUUUCGCCAGUCUUAAUGUAAAUUGGAUAUUAAUCUCAUAUGUGCCGUACAUCCUAUCGGGUGCCUCCACCUGGACAACCAUAUACUCGUACGUUGGCAUCACUACACCCGCCAAAUACCGGACCACACGUAUGACCAUCAUUGAAGUGAUGUUUGCUUUUGCGCAACCAUUGGGCGUAUAUUUAGGGGGUUUACUGAUAAACAGGGCGCCGGUGGGCGGCAACGGCCAGUUGCACAACACGGGCCUUAUAUUUCUGGUCUCGUGUAUUGGUAAUAUCGUUGCCUUUCUUUGGGUCCUAUUAUUCAUUAACCAACAAAAAGAUAGCGAAAAUUUUGAGAAAUAUUUCGGUGACGACAAUACUGUCACCAAAAAUGUCAAUGAAUUCAAUGACUUGAACACAAAUAUUGACACAAACACUGAUAACGAGACAAAAACUAUUGUCGAUAACAACAAAGCCAUACAUCCAUUGCGGCUACUGUUGGACUGGAGGAAUGUAAAGGAUAUAGUGAUGUCUUGUUUCAAGAGUAGGUCCCACUUUGUGAGGGCGCAGCUAAUGUUGAUAAUAAUGGCCGACUUUUGUGGCUAUUUUAUAAAGUCCGGUAUUUUGACGUUUGCCUUUCAAUUUGCUGAAAAAAUUUAUAAUUGGGACUCAAAAGUGUUCUCCGAGUAUCAGUCGAUGUCACUCAUCAUCACAUCCAUCAGUGUCUUACUGCUAACCUCGGUGUUAAUCAGGAUCUUUAAGUGUAAUGACAUGUGUUUAGCGAUCAUAGGAUUUCUGAGCAUAUUAUUGCAGAACCUGAUACUGGGAGUCAUAUUAAAGCCGACGGGUUAUUACAUCUCGAUGGGCGUGAACUGUAUGAGCAGUUUGGGUAACAUAGGUUACAAAACGCACCUGUCCAAAAUAAUCACCCCGCUCGAAUUGGGCAAAGUGUUUACGCUGGUAUCGGUGGUCGACGCCAUAGCGCCCAUCAUAGCGGCCCCGCUAUUUGCGUUUGUGUUCAAAAACACGAUCGACACAUUACCAGGAACAUGUUUCCUGAUACUGGCCGGUGUGGCCAGCAUUCCCAUACUCAUAGCCCUAACCAUAGACUACAUAAAUCGCUAUAAGAUUACGGUUAUUAUUAAGACCCACACGGAGUGCGUGGAAAAUGGUAUUAUUAAUAGUAGUGUUGGUAAUAAUAAUGAGUGUAAUACAGGGAUCAAGAGAUAAUCAGCAUAAGUGUUUUUAAGUUAGGAAUUUUAUUUGAUGUGAGCGAGUGUAUUUUGUGAAGUGAA